AUGAGACUUGAAAUCACCACUUUGUAUACCUUGGCGUUGGCUUUUGCCUCCUUGGCCGCAGCUGCUCCAGCGAAAAGAGACGAUGAAGAUUGCUCUACCACCCAGUACCACCGUCACCACCAGCACAGAAGAGAGGUAGUCAUCGAGACAGAGGUCAUAACCGUCACCGUAGAUGGUGAAUUGGCCACUACCACCAGUGCCACCACCUCUAAGAUUCCUGAUGCUGCUGAGACAACCCAAUCCCCCUCGACUGCUAAAAUUGACAGCGAGUCCGCCACUCUGUCUACUUCCACGUCGACUUCUGUCUCGAGCUCCUCCGGUUCUGUCAGUGCUGACGACAUCAGCGGUGAUUUAGAAUCGUACGUCGACCCAACUACCAAGUUCGUUGAUGGAACGAUUGCUUGCAGCAGCUUCCCCGGUGCUUCGGGCCAGGGUAUCAUCAACCUUGACCACCUUGGAUUCGGAGGUUUCUCUGGUAUCUACAAUUCUGACACUUCGACUGGAGGAAGCUGUGAGGACGGGUCUUACUGCUCUUACGCUUGUCAGCUGGGUAUGUCCAAGACGCAAUGGCCAUCUGAGCAACCAUCCAAUGGUGUCUCCGUUGGUGGCUUGCUCUGUAAGGACGGAUACUUGUACAGAACUAACACUGACACAGAUUACUUGUGUGAGUGGGGUGUCGACUCUGCUGUUGUUGUCAGCGAGCUCGACGAAACUGUUGCUAUCUGUAGAACGGACUACCCAGGUACCGAGAACAUGGUUAUCCCAACUGUUGUUGAUGCCGGCGAGACUUCCAUUCUUACCGUCGUGAACCAAGAAACGUACUAUACGACCAACAGUGGCGGUAAGACAUCUGCCCAAUACUACGUGAACAACGCAGGUGUCUCCUGGAAAGACGGAUGUCUUUGGGGUACCUCUGGCUCUGGCGUUGGUAACUGGGCUCCAUUGAACUUUGGUGCUGGUUACGAUUCUGGUGUCUCCUACCUCUCCUUGAUCAAAAACCCUAACAACGUGGAUGCUGCCAACUUCAACGUGAAAAUCGAGGGUGAGUCCGAUGCCACAACCGUUGGUUCUUGUUCUUACGAGGCGGGCAUCUACACGUCUAGUUCCGGUGACAACACGGACGGUUGCACCCUCAGUGUUACCUCCGGUCGUGGUCAAUUUAUCCUUUACAACUAG